GCAAUGGCGUUUGCUGCGACAGCACUUUGCGGCAGCUGGGAAAUCUAGGAGAAAGCAGCAACUAACGUCGCCAGCGGAUACGUUAUCGCCUCAAAAACCUUUGGAUUUAUGUAAUAUUCGGUCAACUAACUUGUAUAUUGAUUGUAUUUCCCUCCGCCUUGUGGAUGAGAUUGUGUUCAACGUUUUCCAAGCGUGAAUCUCCACCUUAAUGCGGUGGGAUGGCCACAGUGCCGCCUGGGCCUAGUAGCGCACUGACUGCAACCCCGGCUAAAAUUCCUCCUUUCCCCGGUGCUGGGAGCGCAGAGCCGGCGGGGGGAGACGGAGAGCCGGUCUGCCACAGGGAGGACUGUGUAUCCGCUGAUACAGGGACGAAGUCGCAGCCGGUAAGCGAGGUCAAAACGUCUGUGAAGAAGAAGCAGAAAAACAUGCUAGCGCGAGCUAGCCCGGCGGCACUGCACCUCAAAAUGCAAGCCCGAGAGCAGCAGCAGCUAAACGGCUUGAUCAGCCCCUCAGAGGACGCGGGCUGCCACCAACACACAGGAAACCGGCCUGACAAUCCGAGACCGUCCGUGGACAACUGUGACAGCAGUGGCAGCAACGAGGGGGAUCCAGCCGCUAGAAACAAUAGUGAGCAUUGCCAACACGAAGGCCACAGCCCCUUCUCCGAAAACGGCAGCCACUCUCCCUUAGUUAACAAUAACAGCAUGAACGGGAUGCCGGGUUUUACUAGAACUGAGGCGGCCCACCCCGGGGACGAAGGGAAAGAGGAGUUUGACCACACGCUGAGUGACGAGCCACCGGACGCUGCUGGGCCCGGCGCAGAGGAGAGCCCAGCUGACCCGCUGCAGCCGCCAGCCGCGGAGCUGGCCCGGCUCGACCUGAGCAGCUCUCCCGGCCGUGCGGAAGAGGAUAGCCAUGGCAUCCGAUAUGUCCGCUAUGAAUCCGAGCUGCAGAUGCCGUGGAUCAUGAGACUGAUCACCAAGGACUUGUCUGAGCCUUAUUCAAUUUACACGUACAGGUACUUCAUCCACAACUGGCCGCAGCUCUGCUUUCUGGCCAUGGUGGAGCAGGAGUGUGUCGGAGCCAUUGUUUGUAAGCUCGACAUGCACAAGAAGAUGUUCCGUCGUGGCUACAUUGCCAUGCUGGCCGUGGACUCGAAACACAGAAGGAAAAGCAUCGGUACUAAUCUGGUGAAGAAGGCCAUCUAUGCCAUGGUGGAGGGUGACUGUGACGAGGUUGUAUUGGAGACUGAAAUCACCAACAAAUCAGCCCUGAAGCUGUACGAGAACUUGGGUUUUGUCAGAGACAAGCGGCUGUUCAGAUACUACCUGAACGGAGUGGACGCGCUGCGGCUCAAACUGUGGCUCCGCUAGAAGAAAGAAGAGGGGACGGGGGAGGACGGGACAGCGGGUGCUGUUCACCACGUACACUAUCAGCUUGACAGCCUCAGCUCUGCCCUGGUCAUUUCACGCAAAUAUACACACACACACACACACACACACACACACACACACACACACACACACACACACACACACACACACACACUUGUGUACAAACAUAAAGAGUAUGCACAAAGGUAUGCGUAGACAUGCAAACACACCCUCUUUUUGUCCUUGACCUCUGAACAACUGUUGCGUAGGCAGAAACAAACUGAUAUCCCACGUGAUGUUUUCAUGAAGGGGCCCCUGAUACUUUCUGUGUUGAGGAGGGGGCGAGUCAGGGUGGUCUCUGGGAUGACCUCGACUGGAGGACUAGGUAACCUUUUGACCUUCAAGCUUGGAAGCCACAUUGACCGCGACGUGAGUGGUGAGGCAGCUCAAGUGAGAACAUGCGUCCGGACCCCAGAGAACAUGGCACCACACCAAAUCCUCCUGCAGAACACGGGACUCAAAAAACAGACUUAAAGAAAACAUGCGAAACAAGGAAGCAGGGCGGGGGGAAAAACAGACUGGCAAGAAAAUAUUUGUGGAGUUUAUUUUUGUGUUUCUUUUUUAACCUUGUAAGUCGGAUGGUUGACAGAAAAGCUAUAGUAUGACUGUGUGUUUGUACCGCCUCAUGUCUUUUUGGAAAACGAGUGCUUGGCCUGUUUUUGUGCGUAUGUGGCAAGUGAACGUGUUUGUGUGACUGUGUGAGAGCAUGCUUGGUUGGAAUUGUGCGUACUGUUGUGUGUUUUUGUCUCCCAUCCUGUCCAGGGCAGCUGCUCCCUGCUGCUGUUUCCAUCACCUGCCUCGGCCUCCGGGACUGAAGCCUGUAAAGAUAUGCAUGCAUUUAUUUUAAUGUGAGUGCGGGAAAAAGUGUGACGUACGUGUGUGUGUGUGUGUGUGUGUGUGUGUGUGUGUGUGUGUGUUGAUUAAGCCAAUCUGAGGCUAACCCGAUGAAUCCCUUCCUGUGGUGUUUGGUGUAAGUGUGUUGGUGCAGAGUGGUUGAUCGAAACAAUCAAUCCAGUAGCACCUCAAACUUCGCCCAGCUGGUGGGUCUGCCACCUUUUCGCUUCAGUGUCCUUCACUAAAUUUCUCAUCAUCAAACCAUGACAGUAUGGGCGAGGAGUUUCAUCUUUGUCUUCAGAACUUUUUUCCCAAAUGCACUGCCAGCUGCAAAAUUCCCACAAAGUAGAAGAUGUAGUCUUUCAGAGAGACUUCUUGCCAAUGAUGGUGUGGUCAAACGUGUCCUAGCCAUCUCACCUCACUCCUUUUUAGAUUAUUCGUCUGUUUCCCCCUCGUUGCACGUGCCACUCAAUCCAUCAGCGCUCUCAGCCACAACUGCAGUGACCUCCCCGCUAGCCGGCGUCUCACGCAGCCACGGCCUGGUCCUGGUCUGCGGUUGGCACCAGACGGGAGGGUGAAGUGUUACAUGCUGGAUUCCUUUUUGAGUAUGCUGUGUGUGUGUGUGUGUGUGUGUGUGUGUGUGUGUGUGUGCUUAUCUCCUUGAUAAAAAAGGAAAAUAGACAAGUAUUCUUAGCAGAUUAUAUUUUAUUCUUUUGUUCGCUUUCAGUUUAUUUAGAUUGUCUUACUAUACACCUGUAUAACCUCAUGCUGUGCAGAAGCGGCUGAGUCCACAAUGUACUUCCCAGGUGCCCCAUCUGGAUGCACAACCAACCUCGCUAAUAUUCUAAGAUCUCCAGCUUGGAACAUGUCAUAGAUGCACCCAGACGUUCCAAUCCACACUAAUUAUGGCAGUGAAAGUAUGCUUCAGCCGUUUUUGUUUUUUCUUCAAAGUAAAAUGAACAAAGGUCAGAUGCACUUCUUUGGAACUUGCUGCAGUGUGUAUGAGUUUGUAUGAAUGUGCCUGUGUGGGUAUUGUUGUUUUGACAACAGCGUUGAUCUGUUAGACUUUCAUUUCUCUACUUAAACAGGAGGACAGGAAAAUCAGUCUUUGAGAUGCUGUGUUUUGCUCCAGCCUUAUAAGGACAUCAGGAAGGAACAAAGCGCACCCUUUGUUUUUGUUUUUUAAGCUUUUCAGGAUUCGAUUUAGUGCUCAGUGCGAUAGAAAGGGCGGGGGACAGGUAGGUUGGUUGGUAGCGAAGGGAGAGUAAACCCUAGAUCAGCUUUGAAUUUUUUUUUUUCAAAGUCAAAUUGGAAGAUAAGAUACAUCACUUGUUGUUAAUGCAAUUUUAAAUAUUUUCCUUGAGGUGCCUCAAAUUAUGCAAUUGGACAUAUUGUGUGCUUUAAUCCUGCCUACAAUACCCUGGAAUAGAAAGCACUGCAAGACACUGCCGUGUGGCACAACUGACAGCCAGAGUAAAAUAUGCUAUAAAAUCUUGAGUGUCCAGCAAACAUUCGUGGUAGUCUGGUGUUUGACGAGCUAGUCUGAGUGACACGACAGGACCUUGUUCAUAUUUUGGGUUUAUUUCCCCUGUCAGCAGUUCAGCUGGGAGGUUUCAUCCCAGGAGCCCAGGACUGAAAGGGAGAGUAGAUGUUUACAGAUGAGAGUUGCCACCCACAUAACAGCCUGAGUGUGUAUGUUUGUGUCUGUGCAUUUGGAGCAAUGGAUCAGAUGACCUAUUUUUGUUUUAUUCUUUUUUUUUUUUUUUUUCAGAUUUAUAUACUAGUGUUGUUCUCUUCAUUGGAUUUAUUGAGAGCAUGUUUUUUUGUGAAUCAUCUGGGAAGGGGGCAGUUUAUGUUGAUUUAUCAGAUGUGAUUUUUAUUUUUAAUUUCUGUGCUAUUUUAGUCCAUCCAGAGGCGUAACGAGCAGUAACUAUGAGCAGUUAAUACCAGGCAUACGAAAACAUUCUCGACCCUGAAUAUUAACAAAUAUAUGUACUCCUCAUCUGACACUGUUUCAAUCAUCACCCUGUGUAAACUCCUGGUUUAUUUUGGAGAUUUAAAUCUUCUGUCCCUGUGUUGGACACUUGUUUCCCCACUUCUGUGUUCCCUCACUGUCCCGGCCUUUUAUACAGCGACUACUGAUGGAUGAAAGGAAAAGACAGGUAACACCGUACAAAAUGAACCUAUCUUGUUCAUUCAGUUGUUUGUAUGUGGAGUUGUUUUAGAUUUUGAAGGACAAGGGUUUGUUCUCUUUUUUGUUGUACUCCUGUGAAACUCUGGCAGUUCCAUUAGGUAUAUGGGCAUUACAGCCUGUCUCAAAGAGCCAAAGGGCUCUGCUUUAGACCAUGAUCACAGACUGAAGGGCUUCGUCAUCAGUAUCAGUUUAUAGCCAUGGACUGUGGUAUUGCAUAGUUUUACCCAGCUCUCUCUGGCCAUGCAUUUGGAAUACGUUGACUUGACAUGCCAGUUCAGUGUUCACAGAUGUCAGAAGCAUUUUUUCCCCCUCGUCCUGGGUGUCCGCUGUGCUAUCCAGGUAGCUUACUCCAUCACAACCCCGCUUCUCUGUCCUCUCCUGACGCAACAUCUGCCACCCUACAUUUUGAGUGUUACAAUCACAAAUUCCCCCAGAAACCAUUUUGUUGGUCAGAUAAACAACAUUUGUCUUGGCUGUCGUGCUGCGCCACAGAAAUCUGUAGCCCCUACAGCCAAUCAAUCAACCACAGAGGCUUCCUGCAGUCUUUUCGGGGCGUCCAGCACCGCCUCCACCGCCAUCCACAGAGUGUGCAAAGGGGAGAGCAAAAGGUCUUUGCAUGUCAGAUUUCUGUUUCCCUCUGUUCCUCUUCCCUGUCCCCUUUCUUGAUUUUGAUCUGGAAAUGUCCGAUAGCUUUUAUUUAAUGUGGAAAAAGAACACAGAAAUAAAUUAUUUGAUUUUUUUAAUGCUGUAAA